GGCGUUUGUUUUUGAGUUUACCUGCUAUGUACUAUUCAGAGAUGUCAGAAUAUCAGUACGCAGUGUAUUCUCAAAAGAGACUAUCUGCUAGGGUUGGUGUAUUCUCGUCGAGAAUACACCAGAAUACGCAAAUAUAUAAAUAUCUAUAAAAUAUGCUGGGCUUGGUGUAUUCUCAUUGACAAUACAGGAUAUAGUAUCGCGGUCGGGCGAGGGAGGGUGCAGCAUGAGAGUGAGCCACUAUGCAACAUUUGUGUAUUGUCAAUGAGAACACGUCAAGCCAAGCACAUUUUAUGGAAAUUUAUAUAUUUGCGUAUUCUGGUAUAUUCUCGUGUAUUGGCAAUGAGAAUAUACUAAGCCCAGCAAGUUUGGAAAAAACAGUCUCUUUUUGAGAAUACACUGCGCACUGAUAUUCUGACACCCCUCGCACAAACUGGUACAUAAUUGUACAGUUUCCACUUACUGUCCAGUUUUUGAGCUCUUAUUUUGAUACAGUAACUUGAUUUUUCUGCAGAUACAUACAUACAUACAUACAUACAUAUAUACAAAGAACACAGGAAGGUGGAAAUCAAAAUUUUACCAUUGUGUUAAGUGCCUCAAAUAUGCUUGACAAAAAGUACGCAACGCUAUGAUGAAAAACGUGACGCUCUGACAUUUAAAUUUUGUAUUUUUCAGGCAAAUCUAAUAACCUAGAUGAAACAUUUUUUUACCAUUAGAAAGCCCGUGAGCUGCUCAACAGGAUCGGCUCAAGGAAUGUUCCGUUUGUAGAACUACUUUCGCAGCAAAUCAGGAUUUUCAUAGCAGUACUCUUAAAAACGGGUCCUUUUUCGUAAUGCCGUGACGCAACACUAAACAACACGCAAUACUCCUUCUCAGAGUCCAAUGCAACAUCCAAAAAACGUCGUUUUCACAGUAUGAGUAGAGCAUGAUGAACUACGUCGAUUGACGUUUGAACGAACUUUCUAGCUACGUUAGUUUCCCAGAUAACCGAAAUUUAGUGCGUCAAAAACUGGACAGUAGGUCGGAAACUGUACCACUAUGUACAAAUUGUACAUAGCAAGUAAACUCAAAAGCAAAUACGCCAAUUUUUGUAGAGAAUAUUCUCUACAAAAGUAUAUUUUUAGAAAUUUGUUUUAAAAAAUAUUUUUGUAAAUCGGUUUCUGAAAAGUUCAAAACCAGAUUUUUUGGAUGAAAAAUGAGUUUCAAACGGGUUCUUAGAAUAAAAAGCUGAAUCUAAUUAUGUGUUCAAAACUUUCGAUAUCGAAAAAGUUUUUUCAAAAACUUGAUCAGCAAAGUGUACCGUUACGUGGACAAGCCGCAAAAGAGCCUGCUCUUCAGAUCGUUCUCAAAUUCCAGAAUAUAACAAGUCUGUUACUUUAACUACUGACGGUUAAAUUCGAGUAUGAUAGUAUUCUUAUGUCCUAAUGCCGUUGUGUCCUAAUGUUCACUAAGUAUCAAGUAUUCCUCAUAUUUUUUAGCUUUCGCCGAAAUGAAAAUGGCUCACUCGUUCAUCUUAAAUUUACAACAAGCGAUGAUGCUACAAAAGAUGAUCUCAAACAAUAUACAACAAUUUAUAAAAGUAUGCUUUUAAGUCAUGAAUGA